AUGCCGUCUUCUGCCAAAUUAGCGCCACAGUAUCAAUUUGCUGCUCCUAAGCAGAACCAAGGUGGUCGACUAUGGACCAUCAACCGAAUCAAUGAACCAACUCCCUAUAUAUGUUUACGGGCACAAUUGACCCAGGCUUUAUUGAACCCUCUCACAUUAGGAUUUGCUCUGUUGGCGGUCUUUGUGCAUAUCUCGUACCUGGUAGCUCAAUCAGAGUUGCAAAUGCUUUCUACCUCUGGCACCCACCUGUGCCAGCAGCUUGCCGAGCCUUCGAAACACAAUUUGCAGUCAGACUUUUCAUCGAUCUUGGACACUAUGAACUCCUCAACCACUGCAUUGGCUCGACUUGGGCUAGGCUCCUACGCGACAAUCUUCUCCAAUCUCGGUGAGUCUUCCUUAAGACACUAUACACAAGACCUCAACUCAUUUUCCGAUUUAGCCCGGAGUGUGCCUCAGUCGAUAAAGUUCGGAAUAAACAAGGAGGAAACAAGUGCCCAAGAUUGGCUCGGUCCACGGCUCGCGAAAGCGCAAAAUAUGUCCUCCGUUCUUUUGAAAGCAUUCACGCAAGUAGGUGCUGCGCUACAAACUUCGGGUAUCUUUUCACUGAACCAAGAAGACGUUGAAAAUGUGUUUAAUAUAUCUCUCCCCCAUUUUGAUGACAUUCAGCCGAAUACAAUCAACUUUACGUCCAUCUCCGAUAAUACCACUGAUGCUCUAACUAAAGCGGUAAAUCAAGCAGUCGAAAAAGCAACAGCACAGCUCAACCAGGUAAUGCUAACACCUUUGAGCUUGACCAAGAUGAAUUUCACACAAAGUAACAUGACGCAGUGUGACGCGAUUCUUGAGCAAUUUGAUGAUAUCCGAGUUGCCUGUUCACGAGCGAAAAACGGUUCAAUCGCAGCGUACUGUUUGAUGGCAUUUAUUACUUUCCUGAUUUCGUGUUGCAUCAGAUAUUCGAAUUGGCGCAAUAUGACUAUGAAUACCAAGGCUUUGAAAGAAAGUGUCACAGGGUAUUCAAAGGAUGCUGUUUUCGAUCCAAUGGUUUACUUUUAUGACAGUAACCACUUCAUCACAACUAAAAUGAAGGAGAUGUGCGUGAAGCUAUUAAAAAAACGAAUGUAUCAGAUUUACACACAAUGGGCAGUGAGCUACCUGUCAACAUCCUCGAUGAGCACCUGGCUGUUCGUAUCAUUUUGGAUAAUCCUUCUCGCGAUCCCUACGGAAGUCAUGAACGAUCGACUCAAGAACUCCAACAACAAGUCAGACCUCCUAGGAAAGGCUUUUUAUCUUGAUUACACUACGAUGGCUUCAUCUUUAAACGAUCAGAUUUCAACCCAAGAAUCCGAGGUCAACAACCCACCAAAGAAGAUUCUUAUGGAUCUUUUCAGUGAACUCAACACUCUUUUGAAGAGUGCACACGAUGACCUCAGUAAGUCUUUUAGUGGAUACCUUUCUGGAAACUCUAUCGAUAUCCAACUUGACACGCCGUUUGUUCAAAAUAUGCAGCGCGUGGCUGCUCCUACCAUAACUAUACCCAAAGUGACUACAAAACAACUUAUGACGAACUUGUAUGAUUUGUCUAACGGCCAAGCUAUAAUACCGAAACAGGCUCAAGCGCUGUCCAAAAUUUGCGAUGUGCUGUGGACAACAUUUGGUGUGAUGAUUGGCAUAUGGAUACUGUGGACAACAGCAGCAUUAGUAUACACAUACUAUGCUGCCAAAAUAACCCAAAAGGCAAGUGGGAUAUUUUCGUCUGCUAACCGAGUCUACAAGAUCGUUGUCGCGGAGCCCAAGAGCGCGCCAGAAUCACCUCCUGUUCCCAGGCCGCCACCGGCUCCCCCUUUGCCAGCCAGAAAUGUGCAUAGGCCUAAUUAUUUUAUUUAG